CGAUGAGAAGUGCGCUCUGGAGAGGCUGUGAUUUCUGCAGUUAGCCGUAAAGCUAACGGUUCAGCCCGGGUCAUUCUGCGCUGUCAGCUCCACGGCAUGACGCUGCCGCUGCAAACAACACGCCUGCGCCGUUAAUUCACACUGAUUCACCGAUUAUGUAGCACUUUACCGACAAAUUCUCGGGUAAAUAUAUAUUUAUAAGCAUGGCAAACAUCUAAGCGCCUGCAAAUUCUGACUUGUAAGAGCAAAACGGGUCGUUCUCGAGGCCACGGAUGGAACCGGGGCGGCAGCGUGAGAACCCCCCCGGAUCCGGGGAGCCAGAGUCAGGGGAGUGGAGAGAGGAGAGCGCCGGGGUGGAGGCUGGAGAAAUAGACGACACACUGAAAAACAGAAGCGGUGAUGGAGGCAACGAGGAAACCACGAGCAAAACCGACAAUACGGAAGCGGUGGAGAAAGAUAAGGCUGAGUUUGAUGAAGAUGAGGAGCAAUAUGAGGAAGAGCUGGACCCAAGGAUCCAGGAGGAGCUGGAACAUUUGAAUCAGGCCAGUGAUGAGAUCAACAGACUGGAACUACAGCUGGAUGAAGCGAGAUCUAGCUACAGGAGGAUCCUUACAGACUCGGCACGAAAACUCAACGCUCAGGGCUCUCAGCUGGGAGCCUGCAUUGAGAAAGCCAGACCUUACUAUGAAGCCCGUAGACUUGCUAAAGAGGCUCAACAGGAGACCCAGAAGGCAGCGCUGAGGUACGAGAGGGCCGUCUCCAUGCACACAGCUGCCAGAGAGAUGGUUUAUGUGGCCGAGCAAGGUUUAUUGGCUGACAGGAACACAUUGGACCCUACCUGGCAGGAGAUGCUAAACCAUGCCACAGCCAAGGUGAACGAGGCGGAGGAAGAGCGUUUGAGGAGCGAGAGGGAGCACCAGCGAGUCACUCAGCUUUGUCAAGAAGCAGAAGCGCGCGUGCAAACCUUGCAGAAAGCUCUGAAGAGGGUCAUUAUCAAGUCCAAGCCUUAUUUUGAGCUCAAGGCGCAGUUCAACCACAUCUUAGAGGAGCACAAGUCCAAAGUGGUCCUGUUGGAGGAACGAGUGGCGAAGGUGAAGACCAGAUAUUCGGUUGCCCUCCGCAACCUUGAGCAAAUCAGUGAGCAGAUCCAUGCACAAAGGGGGCGCAUCCGGGCCGCCAGAGAGCGCAACCGAGCCCGGGGUGGGCGGAGCUCUCCAGUUGGGGCAGAGUCUGAGGGUGUGAUCCAAGCUGGGGCUUAUGCAGGGGUGGUGGCUAAUCCUUUGAUGGAUAACGAUUGGGCAGAUCAAGAGAAAACCAGGCAGUGGGUGGAGAAACACAGGGAGGCGGGGUGGGGCCAAAGAGAGAGAGCAGAGAGGGCGGGGUCAGACUCCAUGUCAGUCAUCAGUCUGCAAACCAUCGCCUCUGAUUUGGAGAAGUUUGAUUCUGUGGAGCAUCUAGGCAACUUGAGCGACGUCGGCAGCAUAAUAGGCGAGGAGAAGGAGGCUGAGAGCGAGAGAGGAUUUCGGGUUGAAGAUAGAAUAGUCGUGAGGGAGGUGGCAAACCUCUCGAGACAGGAUGCAGAGAAAGGCGCCUCAGGGACGGACAGGCAGCAGAGAGAUAGAGAGCGAGAGAGCUUUGUGAAGCAGCACCACAGAAGUGUUAGUUUGUGAGGGAAUUAGAGUUGCCUGUUACUCCACCCUACUGCUUCUGGAGGGGUAAAGCUUGUCCGCAGGCUUCCAGGCUAGAUUCUCAACUGACUACAAAUGAAUCGGGCUAAAAAAAAACCCUGCAUUUGCUUAAAGUUGAAGCAAUUGUGGCAUCAAAUGGAGUUAGAAAAAAAUAUAUAUUAAAAAUCUCUCAAAACACACUCCAUGUGCAAUCCAUUUGUUAAGUCAUGAUAUGUGGAAUACUGUUUCCUGGUCCAAUCCUCUGCUCAUUUGAAUCGAGAGAAUAUGAUCAUUGUUUAGUCAUACAUCGCACGUUAAAUUAAUCUUUUACCAAAUCGUGGUGUUCGCUGUACUCCCAGAAUACUGAAGUAUCUCUUUCUGACCAUCUGAUUUUAGGCAUGCAUAUAAACAAACAAAAAAAUAGAUAUUAAUAAAUAAAGGUUUUCCCCAAAUAGCCUGAUAGAGUGUUUGGACCCUGAAACUGUGACACGCGAUGCCAGACUUAACAAUUGGAUUGUUUAAUUAGACAGAUGGCUCCACUUCCAAGCAUAUGCCCAUUGGUUGAGCCAAUGUUGCUUUGUUCGAUUGGUUGGGAUGCUCAAACAAUUUUCAGGAAAUUAACUAAUGAAUGGCUUCAUUAUUGCUGCACUUUAAUUUAAGAUUGGAGAAUGCUGAAAAAAUGUCAUGAUCCAUUUUAACACUGUCUAUGGAAGCCUGUUUCUAGAGUAUAACAAAAUCACAAUUUUAAAUUAUGAAGUGACAAUUAAGCUUGCAUUGUGAGACUUAAAGUCCCAUUGUGAGAUGUAAUGUUACAUGUCCAAGGUAAAAAAUUGUAGAAUCAUAAUCUUAGAAUAAUUUUUUCAAAAAUAACCCUAACAAUAACUAUAAUUAUAACUAUUAACAUCCAUUCAAAUUAUUUUUUUUGUUGUUUUUCUGUUCUGUUAUUUCAAAAAUGGGUUUUAGCGUUGCGUUUUUAUCAUUGUUGUAUCAUUAUAGUUAUCAAGCCUUAAUUUGUGAGGAAAAAAAGGACCUUCCCAAAAACUCUGUAUCGUAUAUUAAAUUUGCUGGCAAUUGCACACAAUUUCUAAAUUUCAUAUAAUUUUAAAGUUCAGU